AUGGUGGUUCUAUCUGGACAUCUACAAUCACUAUCAAAUGUAAAAUUAUAUACAAUUCACCAUGAUGGAGAUUCAAACAUAUUGGAAUUCAUUUCGAGUAGACAGAAAGAUCUAAUAGUGGAUCAUGGCAGAACACGUACCGAAUUGGAUGUCUACAUGCCUGAUCAACUCUAUCAAGAGUUUUCAACGUUGUUUCCAAAUAGCAUCAAUUUGAAACCGAUCAAUAGGAAUAUCAUCAAUCAAAACAAAGAAUCACCAAAAGUCAAUAAAAGAUCGAUUGGUUCAUUGGUUUCCCACGAUUCAUUUUACAGCUACACUGAACUUUCAGAUUUUCUGAAUUCAGUUGCAAAUAACUAUGGAAAUAUAUCGAAAUUGUAUUCUAUUGGUACUUCACAUGAAGGAAGACAGCUAUGGGGUAUCGAUAUCACUGCCAAUCCAAGAAUGGAUGAAAUGGAACCACAAAUUAAAUUGGUUGGAAAUAUGCAUGGUGAUGAAAUCGUUGGCAGACAUCUAUUGAUCUAUUUAAUCGACCACCUUGUCACCAACUAUGAAACCGACCAAACCAUUAAAUAUCUAUUGGAUAACACCAAAAUAUCAAUAGUUCCAUCAAUGAAUCCAGAUGGAUAUGAAAGAGGACAACGUGGAAAUUAUCAUGAUAUAGAUAUAUCUAAAGAUUUAAAUAGAAAUUUCCCUAAUCCAUAUCCAAUAAGUCAAUGGGAGGUAACUCCUAUCCAACCAGAAACAGCUGCAAUCAUUAAAUGGACAAGGCAAAAUAGAUUUAUUUUGAGUGCAAAUCUACAUGGUGGUGCUGAAGUUGUAAACUAUCCUUAUGAUUCCUUGAGAGGAAGAAUACCAAACUAUGGAGGUGUUGGUGAAUAUAGUGCGGCACCUGAUGAUAUCACUUUUAGAAAGAUUGCUUUAACCUACUCACUGAAUCACAAGACAAUGUAUGAAUCGAACGAGUUUCCAUCGGGGAUCACCAACGGUGCUUCCUGGUAUGUUUUGAAUGGUGGAAUGCAAGAUUGGAACUACGAUAAUACCAAUGAUAUGGAGAUCACCGUUGAAGUAUCGAAUGACAAAACACCCUUAUCUUCGGAACUUCCUCUCUACUGGGACAAGAACAAGAAUGCUUUGUUGUCAUUCCUCAUGCUGCCAUUGAAGAUGGGUUUCUAUGGAAAGGUCUCUGCGAUGAAUGGUGGUCCUGUCCAAGCAAAGAUCGAAGUGGAAGGUAUUGAUCAUCCAAUUUGGUCAUUCGCUCAAUAUGGAGACUACUACCGAAUCAUCGAUGCUGGCUUCUACAAUGUCACUGUGAGUGCACCUGGAUACAAGACUAUCAACAGAAUGAUCCUAGUUCAGAAUGGUCAUAGAACAAAGAGCGAUUACAUUCUAGAGAAAGUCAAUUCCUUUGAUUUCAAUGCAAAGCUAGAUAUCGCACCAAAUUCAAAGGAAUUACUCUCAGUGGAGGAUCACAAGUUACCAAAACCAAUCCCAAUUGACAGCAGCCAUAAUGAUAACUCUGUCCAACAAGAGGAAAAGUUCUUUACACUUGAUCAUAUGACUAUCAUAUUGAUUGUAACAGCAACAUUGGGAUUGGUAAUACUAUCACUAUUGGUGGUAAUUGUAAUUCUAAUUAAAAAGCAACCCAGUAUCCACGUCUCAAACUGUUCAUCAAUGUUUGAUUCAUUCAUACAAUUCCCAGUACCAACUGUCAAUGAUGAUGAUGGUGAUAAUGAUAAUGAUGAUUCAAAUAACAACAGCAACAAUCAUCGACAUCAUCAUCAUUCCAUAAAUAAACCGUCAAAAGGUCUAUUGGAUCUGUUAAGCUCUCCACCUGAAUCACCGAUACCAACAUUACCUUCGGUAGUUACUACAAAAAAUAAUAAUGAUAAUGAUAAUGAUGAUAAUGAUACCAAUCUAGAAGAUAAUAGUAAUAGUAAUAGUAAUAGUCAAACAACAACAACAAACACAUCUUCACAAUCAUCUAACAACACUACUGCUGUUGGUAUUAUUACGAAUAGUAGUAGUAGUAGUAGUAGUACAACAACUACAACUCCUAGUAGAUCUCUGAAUAGAUCUGGCUCUUCAAAGAAUAUAGUUAGUCUUGAGAAACAGCUCAACGAUUGGCAAACCGAUUUCUAUCCAUCGUUGGCCUAUCGCCAAAAGAAUAAGCAUCAGAAGCAACUAAAGAAAGUACAACAACAGAUACCAAUUGAUAAUAAUAGUAGCUAUAUAUUUAAACAACAACAACAGAAUUCACAAACACCAACACCAACACCAACAACAUCAUCAACACCAUCAUCCCCGACAAUCUCUUUAUUUUCAAACAGCAGUAAACCUGGUGAAUUUCCAGUGUGUGAUGAAGAUAACCAACUGCUGAGUAAACGUGUAUCUCAAUGGCAACACGAUAUCAACAGUGAGAUAGAGAGUUUCUCACAGAGUUUUAUAGCAAGCCUACCGGAGCGACUAAAAGACUUUCACAAAUCAUCGAAAGAUAAACAACCUUUGUUCCUUACACCGAUCUCCAGCAUAACUCCUAUAUCUGGCUCGCCUUCUUCACUUUCACCAACACUUGCUAGUAGCAACAACAAUAACAACUAUAGUAGUAGUAGCAGUAGUAGUAGUGGAUCAGACCUAUUAUCUCCAACACCAUUACCAGCUUCACUGGAACAGAUUUCAACUUUUGAAGAUAAAGAUAAGGAUAAAGAUACCAGUAGUUUAAAUGUAAAUAUAGAGAACAAUAAAAAUAUGAUACCAGAGAUAAAAGUAAGAGCAACGGAAUCACCUAUUCUUAAGAAUACUACACCGGAAGUCGAUCAAGAACAACUACUACAUCCACAAACAUUGCCUCUGGAAUUGAAAAAGUCGACCGACGAUUUGGAAUCCAACUUUCAAACAUGGAGAAGACUAUUCAAUGAGAAAAUGGAUCAAAGAAUGAAAAUUACAGAUUUAAAGACUCAUGGAAAGAUACAAAUAAAUGAUUAA